AUCGAAAUUCCUAUUUCUGCAAAACUAGCCCUAAACCUCUAAAAUCUCUGAGAUAUUGAUCCACAUCCAGCUGAGCUCUCGAAGCUCGAAUCACGUAUCCAUGGCCAGCACUGGUGGUGCUGCUGGAGUGGAUAACACUCACAGAAGGAAAUUCGACCUUGAAGAGUACGCAGAGAAAGCCCGCGAGCGUGAACGAAAGGAAGAGGAGGUAGCUCGUAAGUCGAAAUCGAAAGGUCCUCCGGUGCAGAGGAAGCCAUUGAAGCACAGGGAUUAUGAAGUGGACCUUGAAUCUCGCUUGGGGAAAACACAGGUUGUUACUCCAAUAGCACCUUUAAGCCAGCAGGGUGGAUACUUUUGUCCAGUUUGUGAGUGCGUUGUCAAAGAUUCUGCAAAUUACUUGGAUCAUAUCAAUGGCAAAAAACAUCAAAGAGCUUUGGGCAUGUCUAUGCGGGUAGAGCGUGCAUCUCUUGAACAGGUUCAGAGUCGAUUUGAAAAGCUGAAGAAGCGUAAAACUGAUCUGCCCUUCACUGAGCAAGAUCUUGAUGAGCGGAUCUUGAAGCAGCAGCAAGAGGAAGAAGAAAGGAAGCGACAGCGUCGAGAAAAGAAGAAAGAGAAGAAGAAAGAGAAGGUAGGUGAGGAGGAAAUUGAUAUCGACCCUGACGUUGCAGCAAUGAUGGGAUUUGGUGGAUUUGGUUCAUCCAAGAAAUAAUCUCUGCCAAUUCAAUCUUCAUCUCUACUGACGUUAUUUUCUUCAUCAGUCAAUUUUACGGAUUGAGGUUUUGUAACUUGUACAAAAUGUAACUUUAUGAACUUCAACGUCUUGCAUACUUCACUGCUAGUGGUUUUAUGGAAAUAUGAAUUGGAUCUGGUCCUCAUUCAUUUCUUUUUACUAAAAUCAAUGAUGGAUUGGAAUUUAGAACUAUGGUGUUAUAUUUGUUUCAUCGCAAAUUGAAUACUACAAUAAUUCCC